AAUAUUAAAAAUUUAUUAAAAAAUUAAGAAAAAAUUACUAAAUGAGCAUUGCAAUAUUACUUUCACUUUAUUCACUUAAUCCAUAUGGUAACAAAAGGUAUUAUAUACGUGAAGAAAAGUUUUUAUACAGAUAUUUUUCCAUAUAAAAAAUUAAUAAACAAUGGAAUUUUCUCAAUUAGAAAAUAUUGUUAAUGUCAAUUAUAUGAAAAAAUCCAGUGAUAACAUUCAGUAUGGAACAGCUGGUUUUAGAACAAAGGCAGAUAUUCUAGGACAUGUUUUAUAUAGAAUGGGAUUAUUAGCAGUAUUAAGAUCUAAAGUUAAAAAUGCUGCAAUUGGUUUAAUGAUUACGGCAAGUCAUAAUCUUGAAUGUGAUAAUGGUGUAAAACUUAUAGAUCCAGCUGGUGAAAUGUUAGAAGCAACUUGGGAACAUAUAGCUACUAACUUAGUUAAUACAGAAGAUUUAAAUUUAGUUUCUAUGAUAAAGCAUAUUAUAAAAGAACAAAAUAUUGAUAUGUCUAUAAGUGCAACUAUAAUAACUGGUAGAGAUACUAGAAAAAGUAGUCCAGCAUUAUUAAAUGCUGCUAUUACAGGAAUUCAAGCCUUAAAUGGAAUUGUAAAAGAUUUUGGUAUAGUUACAACUCCUCAAUUGCAUUAUCUAGUUGUAUGUACUAAUACAGAUGGUAGUUAUGGUAUGCCUACAUUACAUGGUUAUUAUGUAAAAUUAUCAGAAGCAUUUAAACAUAUAAGAAAAGAUAAAAUUAAUAAUGAGCAGUAUGUCGCAGAAUUAUUAUUAGAUGCAGCUAAUGGUGUUGGAGCUAUUGCUACAAAAGAAUUUCAAAAUUAUCUAGGAAAAACAAUUGCAAUUAAUAUGUAUAAUGAUGGAAAUGGAGAAUUAAAUUAUAUGUGUGGAGCUGAUUAUGUCAAAGUGCACCAAGCACCACCGGUAAAUAUUCCUAUUAAACCAAAUGUUAGAUGUGUAUCCAUAGAUGGUGAUGCAGACAGAAUAAUUUAUUUUUAUCUGGAUAAAAAUGAUAAAUUUCAUCUUUUGGAUGGUGAUCGAAUAGCAACACUUAUUGCCACAUAUCUUAAAGAACUUUUGCAAGAAAGUCGUUUAUCAUUUCAAAUUGGCUUAGUACAAACAGCAUAUGCCAAUGGUGCUUCUACUGAUUACAUUUCAAAUAUAUUACAAAUUCCAGUUUCUUGUGUAUCAACUGGUAUUAAAUAUUUACAUAAUAAAGCAUUAGAAUUUGAUAUAGGAAUAUAUUUUGAAGCAAAUGGUCAUGGGACAGUACUUUUUAAAGAAACUACUAUCGAAGCAAUUAAGAAAGCUGUUGUAAAUUCAAAACGGUCUAUAAAAGAGAAAGCAGCUGCCUCUAAAUUAGAAAAUAUAAUAGAUAUAAUUAAUCAGACAGUUGGAGAUGCUCUUAGUGAUUUGUUAUUAGUAGAAACAAUUUUGCAUGCAAAAGGUUGGAAUAUUAUGGAAUGGGAAAAAAUGUACACAGAUUUACCAAAUAAACAAUUAAUGAUAAAAGUUAAUGAUAAAAAUGUUAUAACAACAACUGAUGCAGGAAGACAAUGUAUAACACCUGAAGGAUUACAAGACGAAAUUGAUAAAGUAAUAUUACGAUAUAAAAGAGGACGAUCUUUUGUAAGACCAUCAGGAACUGAAGAUGUAGUACGAAUAUAUGCAGAAUGUGAAAAUUUAUAUGAUCUUAAUAAAUUAAUUAUUGAUGUGGCAUCAUUAGUAUACAAAUAUGCAGGUGGGAUUGGACCUAAACCUCAACUUUAAUAAUAAAUAAUUUUAUAUUAUUUACAUAAUAUA